AUGCUAGAGGAGUAUGGCCUACAGGUUUGCAAAGACAAAUGUGAGAUUUUUCAUCCCUCUGUGGAAUAUUUGGGGUAUGUCAUUGAUGUUGCUGGGCUUCACAAAGCACUCUCCAAGGUUGAGUCUAUUGUAGAUGCUCCAGCUCCUCAGAGUAUCAGCCAGCUUCGCUCACUCUUAGGGCAGCUGAAUUAUUACGAGAGAUUUAUUCCACAGCUGGCAACCCUGCUGAGACCACUGCAUGAGCUUCUGUGUCAGAACAAAGCCUGGAAAUGGACAGAAGCCUGUGACACUGCGUUCAAGAAGGCUAAAGCAGCGCUGACAGAUUCUGAGGUACUGAUGCACUUUGGCCUCUCCUUACACCGCGUGCAAGUUGUAGAGGUAUCGCCUUAUUGA